CUGUCUGAGCAUAGUUUUCAUCGACAGGUAUUCUUGUAAACGUAAUAGUGCAACAUUGCAUUCUGCUAGAAGCGAAAUCUUCUGGUAAUACGAGCUGCUUUUUCACAUAAAAUCAACUGCGAAUAAAGUUUCGAGCUCUCACGCAAUUGCGGCGCACACACACACACACUGUUACCCUUGGCUGUCAACGCUUAGAGCAGCACACGAAUCGAGCCCAGUUCUGUUUGUAAGUCAUGGCGGGUGUCAUCGUGCGCACUUUAUCGGUGCCAAAGAGACAGCUGGGUCUCUUGGGCCAGUUGGUUAACAAUCAACAAUCAAGAAGUUAUGCUGAUGCUGCUCCAGAAGGCAAGAAAGUGGGUGGUCCACUUGCAGAUGAAGACCGCAUCUUCACAAAUUUAUACGGUAGACAUGACUGGCGGCUAAAAGGUGCAAUGAAGAGAGGUGAUUGGUACAAAACAAAGGAGAUUGUUGAGAAAGGUGCAGAUUGGAUCAUCAAUGAAAUUAAAGUUUCUGGCUUACGUGGCCGAGGUGGUGCUGGAUUUCCAUCUGGUAUGAAAUGGUCUUUCAUGAACAAGCCAUCUGAUGGAAGACCAAAAUAUCUUGUAAUUAAUGGAGAUGAAGGAGAACCUGGAACUUGUAAAGAUCGUGAAAUUUUGCGUCACGAUCCACACAAACUCAUUGAAGGUUGUUUGAUUGCUGGCAGAGCUAUGGGAGCUUGUGCAGCUUACAUUUAUAUUCGUGGAGAGUUUUAUAAUGAAGCCUCCAAUACUCAAGUUGCUAUUGCUGAAGCUUACCAAGCUGGUUUGCUUGGAAAGAAUGCCUGUGGAUCUGGCUAUGAUUUUGAUGUGUUUGUACAAAGAGGUGCAGGUGCCUAUAUUUGUGGUGAAGAAACAGCUUUGAUUGAAUCAAUUGAAGGAAAGCAAGGAAAACCACGUCUGAAGCCACCUUUCCCAGCUGAUGUUGGUUUAUUUGGUUGUCCUACAACUGUCACUAAUGUUGAAACAGUUGCAGUUGCACCAACAAUCUGCCGUCGUGGUGGAUCAUGGUUUGGAGCUUUGGGUAGACCAAGGAAUAGUGGAACAAAGUUAUAUAACAUCUCAGGUCAUGUUAACACCCCUUGUACAGUAGAAGAAGAAAUGUCUAUUCCAUUGAAAGAACUGAUUGAAAGACACGCUGGCGGAGUUAUAGGAGGUUGGGAUAACCUUUUGGGUAUCAUUCCAGGAGGUUCUUCUACUCCUGUCAUUCCAAAACACAUUUGUGACACUGUUCUUAUGGAUUACGAUGACCUUGUACGAGUCCAGAGUUCAUUUGGAACAGCAGCUGUUAUUGUUAUGAAUAAACAAACAGAUAUUAUUAAAGCUAUUGCACGUCUCAUAAGCUUCUACAAACAUGAGUCCUGUGGCCAGUGCACACCUUGCAGAGAGGGCAUUGCCUGGAUGUACAAAAUAAUGCAGCGAUUUGUCCAAGGAAACGCAGAAGUACACGAGAUCGACAUGCUGUGGGAGCUAACCAAGCAAAUUGAAUUACACACAAUUUGCGCGCUUGCUGAUGGUGCAGCUUGGCCAGUUCAAGGACUCAUCAGACAUUUUAGACCUGAAAUAGAAUCUAGGAUUAAGAACUUUAAGGGUCAGAAGGUUGCCGUUACGCGUUAAAUAGAUAAAGUUGGAAUACAUUAUAAGUGUGGAAUUUUUUCACAUAAAUUACUGUAUGUACAUAGAUAGACCGCUUAAAGUUCUUUGCCAGUCGUAACUCGUAAAAUACAUCAAAGUUUUCUCUACUGACGAUUUCUAUUUCAUCUAUCGAAGCAGUAUUUAAUUGAAAAACACAUACGAUUUGCACUGAAUUAAAAUUUUUUUGUUGUAAAGAUAUAUUUAAAUUAUAAAAACGAUUACAUCGGCGUAAUUAGAUUCAAUCGGCGUUUAAUAAAUAUCACAUUUUAAAAUUA